GGAUCAGCCAUGCCGUUCGGAAACACCCACAACGCGCUAAAGAUGAAGUACGCUUCUAGUGAAGAGUACCCAGAUCUCAGCCAGCACAAUAAUCAUAUGGCCAAGAUCUUGACUCCUGCCAUCUACGAGCGUCUGAGGAGCAAACAAACGCCCAGUGGAUUUACAUUGGAUGAUGUCAUUCAAACCGGGAUUGAUAACCCAGGUAAAGACCCAAGCGGCUUUCAACCAUCAAGCCAUCUGUUCUGCCUCUUAAAAGUGCGUUUAGUGAGGGCAUCCAGUGCCACAGCUAUGGAGGAGCUCAUGCCAUUUUGUUCUGCACGGUAACCUUGCCGAUGGGUAAUAUAACCCUAUGAACGUAUGUUAUCAAGUGGAAGGUUGCAAGUAUUCCAUUGGCCUGCAUCUGUACCAAACUCUCAAAGCACAAUGGUGCAUCGAUUUGUUUCAGAUAACCUUUUAUCCAGCAGGGGUCAAGCAUCCCUUAGGAAUAAUGCUUGUUGGUCAAGCAUACCAUAAUAAUAACUUAUCAAUAUGGAAAUCAUCAUAGGUUGUCACUGCAAUUAGUGAUAAUCUGGUGACUCCAUAUGAACUAAAAUAGUAUAGCCUAACCCUUUUUGAGGGGAAUUGAGUAGUUGUGUCCAUACGCAUUUUUAAGCAUAGCAGGUGGCUUCCCCUUACCCUGUAGAAUGUGUGUGUUUGUUGUUAUUGUUCAGCAAUGAUCAAAUGGCCAAACUGACCAUCAAGAGGCUGUCACCUGAGGAGGAGUUCCCUGACCUAAGCCAGCACAACAACCACAUGGCCAAGGUCUUAACCCAGGACAUGUUCACCAAACUCCGAGACCGUGCCACCCCCAACGGCUUCACCAUAGAUGGUGUUAUUCAGACAGGGGUUGAUAAUCCUGGUAAAACGAACCCAUCCUGAGUCUGUCGACUCCGCCUGUAUAGAUUUUGAUGAAAUGCUAAGCAUUGAUUAUUGAGUGAGGUUGUCACUGUGUUUAAUCUGUCAUGCUCUACAAUUAUCAUGCUCCUAAUUGAAUCCAUCCCUGAUUGAUUUUUCUCCCCCCAUUCCAGGCCAUCCAUUCAUCAUGACUGUGGGAUGUGUGGCUGGAGACGAGGAGACAUACGAGGUCUUCAAGGAGCUGCUGGACCCCAUCAUCGAGGACAGACAUGGAGGAUACAAGCCUACAGACAAGCACAAGACCGACCUCAACCCAGACAACCUGAAGGUACUGCCCUCUAAAUGGCUCCCUGGUUGACAGUGGUCUGAGACUCAUUUUCAACAGUGUACCCUGCAGGGAAGUAGACUCAGAUUCAGAUCAACUUCAUUAUCCCACCAGGGGGAAAUUCAUUUGAUCAUGUGCUUAAAAAGACGGUACAUGAAAACAUAGAAACUACACAAUAGAAUUCAUUCAAAGUGCUAUAGCUACACAUUUAAUGUUAAAGUGCAAUAUGCUGGGUACUAGAGGGACCAACAGACUAUCUAUUAUAUACAGCCUAAUGGCUGUUGGAAUAAAAGAGUCCCCAUAUCGAUCUGUUUUAAUUUUCUUUUGAAGAAGUCUCUUUCCCCUUGUGUGGCUGCUGCUGUGACUGAAUUUUGAGUGAAGGGGAUGAGUAAUGUCAUGUAAAAUGCUUCCAAGUUUUAGGAGGAUGAGUUUUGUGUACAGGUUGGUGGCUGAUUCUUGAUCUAUACCAAUUAUCCUUCCCGCCGUCUUAAUCAAGCGCUGAAGCUUGACUUGGUCUUGCACUUGCAUGUUUCCAAACACACAUAUUAGACCAAAGGACAGCACUCUCUGCAGGACAGAUUUAUAGAACAUUUGUAAGAUAUGGCGGUCGACAUUAAAAUGGUUCAGUUUGCGUAAAAAAAACCAUUAUAUUUUGCAAUUUCUUUAUCUUUGCAAAGGCACAGUCAUUGAAUUUCAGUUUAUUGUCUAUUUCGAUUCCCAGGUACUUAUAUAUGGUCACUCUAUCUACUGAUUCCCCAUUGAUCUUCGUAGGGGGUAGUGGAGUUUUGUUCCUUCUGAAAUCAUAGACCGGUAUUGACAAGUCACAGAGAACUCAGAACUCAACUUUGGUGUCUGUUUUCACAGGGUGGAGAUGACCUGGACCCCAACUACGUCCUUAGCUCCCGUGUCCGAACAGGAAGGAGCAUCCGCGGGUUCUGUCUGCCCCCACACUGCAGCCGUGGAGAGCGAAGGGGCGUUGAGAAAAUGUCUGUCGAAGGUACUCACCUAAUCCCACCUAUAGGGGCCGGGGCUCUGAGUGGAUGCCAGCCUAGAAUGAUGCCUGGUCCCCGUUGCAACAUUACUGUGUAAAGAGUCCCCUCUAGUGGUGAACUACGUGACUGUAUUUAUACGUCUGUUACUGACAGGAAAGGAUCACUUUAGACCAGAAGUGUCAGUCAUUUUGCCCGGGGGCUGCAUUUGGUUAUAUUUACUCGCCGUCAACAUAAAAAAAAAAUUGCUCCUCUAUCCAUCGUUUUUUGAAUUUGAUGCUCCCUGACUGUCUAGCUUUCAUUUAGGUAAUUAUUAGCGAGCUGGACACAGUCAAGAAAGUGUAUGAAUGUAGGUCCAUUAUCAUUUCUACACAGUUUCGAAUUUGGUUCAUCUUUUCCCCACCCGCAGGUGGUUUUAUUCAAACCACCCAUGGGCCGGAUUGGACCCCAUCGCGGGGGUCAAAUGGUUGUAACGUGAUCACCAGAUUGGUGAAAGCCACGUAAUGGAGACUCUUCCAGUAUCCUCGGACACAGAUAAUGUAUCUGAAACAUCUCUGUUCCUCUGCAGCUCUGGACUCCCUGUCUGGUGACCUGAAGGGGAAGUACUACGCCCUUAAGAACAUGACAGAUGCCGAGCAGCAGCAGCUGAUUGAUGACCACUUCUUGUUUGACAAGCCUGUGUCUCCUCUGCUGCUGGCCUCUGGCAUGGCCCGGGACUGGCCCGAUGGCAGGGGAAUCUGGUAAGAGGACAGGGAUUUCCCAUUCCCAUACUUUAUGUUCUUAAAGGCAUUACAAUUUGGUUUUGUUCUUACUCACUGAAGUCAUUCUUACUUUCUACCCUCUACAACCUUACUCUAUUCAAGUAAAUGACUGCCAAAAGGGAUAGGAAAUUCUCAGUUACCCUCAAACUAGGUGUACCUCAAUCUCUGCUAAGUCGAAGGGAAAGGUUCUCAAUAGUUGAUAUGCUAGUGGUGACCUUGUCAGAGGACCAUAGAACAUUUAUUUAUUCUAAUCUGUCAAGGCACAACGAUACCAAGACCUUCCUGGUCUGGGUCAAUGAGGAGGACCACCUGCGUGUCAUCUCAAUGCAGAAAGGUGGCAACAUGAAGGAGGUGUUCAACCGUUUCUGUACUGGCCUCACAAAGGUGAGAGGGAAUUUCUGAGAAAUACAUUCAGAAGGCUUUGAGAAUGAUAUAUGAAUGAAAAUAUGGAUCAUAAUUUGCCAUUGCCAUAUUCAUAUGCUCUGUGUGAAAACAUGCUGGCAAUGAUCAAUCGAUGUUUGUAUUCCUUUUCUUGUAAAAAUUUGACCCCCAAUCUUUUCCUCCUCAGAUUGAAACCUUGUUCAAAGAUAAGGGCACUUCAUUCAUGUGGAACGAGCACUUAGGCUACGUGCUCACCUGCCCAUCCAACCUGGGCACAGGGCUGCGUGCUGGAGUCCACGUCAAGAUCCCAAACAUGAGCAAGCACGCCAAAUUCGAGGAGGUGCUCAAGAGGCUAAGGCUCCAGAAACGUGGAACAGGUACAGAAAAUGUUCCAGCACUGAACCAGAUACCUAAUUUUGUGUUUGUUUGCUGUUCUGUUGCUCAGGGUAACUUACAAGCACAUUAAGGCUGUAGAAAGACCAACCCUGGCAAUAGUUCUAGCAUUAAAGCUGGCAUUCCUCUAAAAGGAGUAUUGUAGCUAUGUUAAAGGAAAGAUUCACCCAUUUAGAAUGUUAUACCCUCAUAUGAUGCAAAACUCAUUAUACUGGUUGUAUUUCUGCCUGCUUGCACAGUGAUGGCUCAGAUACACAUGAAAACAUGAAAUGACCCCGGGAAUCGAUAGAACAUCGCUCAGAUGCACCAAAACGAUAUCAUGUUCAAAAUGGGUGAAUCUUUUCUUUAAGUCCUUCUUCUGAUGUCUCUAUUUCAGGUGGAGUGGACACCGCAGCCGUGGGUGGCACCUUCGACAUCUCCAAUGCCGAUCGCCUGGGCUUCUCCGAGGUGGAGCUGGUGCAGAUGGUUGUGGACGGAGUCAAGCUGCUGGUUGAGAUGGAGAAGAAGCUGGAGAAAGGCCAGUCUAUCGAUGACAUCAUGCCCGCCCAGAAGUGA